CGGAGCUCAACUUCCUCAUCUCUCUUCACUUCCAUCACCCUUCUUCCUGCAAACCCGCAUACAUCUCUCACCAUGUCUGCAGCUGAAUGCCCCGUGAAGAAGUCCAACAUUGGCGGCGGCGGCACCCGCAACCGUGACUGGUGGCCAAACGACCUCAAGCUCAACAUCCUUCGCCAGCACACCGGUGUCACCAACCCAGAGGGCAAGGACUUCGAAUACGCCCAAGCCUUCAAGAGCCUCGACUACGAUGCUCUCAAGAAGGAUCUCACUGCCCUGAUGACCGACUCUCAGGAGUGGUGGCCCGCUGACCACGGUCACUACGGCGGUCUCUUCGUCCGCAUGGCCUGGCACAGUGCCGGUACCUACCGUGUCACCGACGGCCGCGGUGGCGGUGGUGACGGACAGCAGCGUUUUGCCCCCCUCAACAGCUGGCCUGACAACGUCUCCCUCGACAAGGCCCGCCGCCUGCUGCUACCCAUUAAGCUCAAGUACGGCAACAAGAUCUCCUGGGCUGAUCUGUUCUUGCUCACCGGCAACGUGGCUAUCGAAUCCAUGGGUUGCCCCACUUUUGGUUUCGCUGGUGGACGUGCCGACACAUACGAGGCUGACGAGUCUGUAUACUGGGGUGGCGAGACUACAUGGUUGGGCAACGACGUCCGCUACUCAAGCGGCCGCGAGGGUCCAGCUGGUGGCGGUGGUGGUGUUGUGGAUGGUGAUGAGCACAAGAAUGACCAUGCCGAUAUCCACUCGCGCGACCUGGAGUCGCCCCUCGCCGCUGCACACAUGGGUCUCAUCUACGUGAACCCAGAGGGUCCCGAUGGUAUCCCCGACCCCAAAGCCUCCGCUCGCGAUAUUCGAACCACAUUCGGCCGCAUGGCUAUGAACGACGAGGAAACCGCCGCUUUGAUCGCUGGUGGUCACACUUUCGGCAAGACCCACGGAGCUGCUCCUUCCGACAACGUUGGACCCGAGCCCCAGGCGGCCGGAAUCGAGGCCCAGGGUCUUGGAUGGAAGAACAAGCACGGUAGCGGAAAGGGCCCAGAUACCAUCACUUCGGGUCUCGAAGUCAUCUGGACCUCGGAGCCCAACAAGUGGACCAACAAGUACCUGGAAUACCUCUACAAGUACGAGUGGGAACUCACCAAGAGCCCUGCUGGUGCCAACCAGUGGGUGGCGAAGACCGAUGAUGAGAUCAUCCCCGAUGCUUUUGAUUCCAGCAAGAAGCACAAGCCCCGCAUGUUGACUUCGGAUCUAGCAUUGCGCUUCGACCCCGCCUACGAGAAGAUCACUCGCCGAUGGCUCGACCACCCCGAAGAGCUCCGCGAUGCCUUCACACGCGCCUGGUUCAAGCUUCUCCACCGUGACAUGGGUCCCCGCUCCCGCUGGUUGGGCCCCGAGAUCCCCAAGGAGGUUCUUCUCUGGGAAGACCCUGUCCCAUCGCCCGAACACGCCAUCGUCAACGAUUCUGACGUCAGCGAAUUGAAGAAGCAGAUUCUCUCCAGCGGCGUGGAUUCCACACUUUUGAUCAAGACUGCUUGGGCCUCUGCUUCCACGUUCCGUGGUAGCGACAAGCGUGGUGGUGCCAACGGUGCCCGCAUUCGCUUGGAGCCCCAGAACAGCUGGAAGGUCAACAACCCUUCUGAGCUCAAGACCGUUCUUUCUGCCCUCGAGAAGGUGCAGAAGGACUUCAAUGGCUCUGCAUCCGGCGGCAAGAAGAUCUCUCUCGCCGAUUUGAUUGUCCUUGCUGGUGGCGCCGCGCUCGAGAAAGCCUCCGGUGUGACCGUCCCCUUCACCCCCGGUCGCACCGAUGCCACUCAAGAGCAAACCGAUGCGCAAUCCUUCGAGCACCUUGAGCCCGUCGUGGACGGCUUCCGUAACUACGGCGUUGGAACCGACCGCGUCAAGACGGAAUCCUUCCUCGUUGACCGCGCCCACCUCCUCACUCUCUCCGCACCCCAGCUCACUGCCCUUAUCGGUGGUCUGCGCGUGCUGAACACAAACUGGGAUGGCUCCUCGUCUGGUGUCUUCACCAACAGCCCUGGCAAGCUCAGCAACGACUUCUUCGUCAACUUGCUUGACAUGUCCACCGAGUGGAAGGCGUCGACCAACAACGGCGAGUUCUUCGAUGGUGUGGACCGCAAGAGCGGCCAGAAGAAGUGGACCGCCACGCGCAACGACCUCAUCUUCGGCAGCCAGCCCGAGCUCCGCGCCAUUGCCGAGGUGUACGCCGCGAGCGAUGCUCAAGAUAAGUUCAAGAAGGAUUUCGUGGCUGCAUGGGACAAGGUCAUGAACUUGGAUCGCUUUGACGUGAAGAGCUCCGCUGGUGUGGAGAAGCCACGUUUGUAG